UACGGUACGGUAUAUAUGAAAUUCGUGGAUUGCCUAAGCUUACUGGAUUAGUCAUUUUAGAACUGUUACAGCCCUGCUAAAAUGGCAGCUGAAAUUAAAACCAAACCAACUCAGCGGAAACCAAAUCUCAUCGGUCGAAUAGAAGAUGAGAACCAUGAUGUUGUUCCUAUGUUGGUUCUUACGCCAUCUGAAGACGGAGUCAUAACAGUGAGUGAUGAUCGUUCUGUACGUAUCUGGCUCAAAAGAGAAACGGGACAAUACUGGCCAAGUGUUUGCCAUUUUUUAACAGCACCAUGUUCUUCAAUGUGUUUUUCACCUUCAACAAAGCAACUAUUUAUUGGCUUACAAAGCGGUUCUGUUGAAGAGUAUCGUGUUGCUGAAGAUUACAAUUCAAUUUACCAUCAAAGAAAAUACGAUGCUCAUCAAAAACAAGUCACAAGUGUGGUUUUCUGCGUUGAAAAAGAAAUUCUUGUAACUUGUGCAAAAGAUAGAUGGCUUACUUGGUACUGGACACAAAAUGGUCAAAAAAUGGGAGCUCACCAAGUUGCUUCCGUGCCAAUUUGCUUACAGUUUGAUGUCAGAUCUAAUUAUGUUUUCUGUGGUCUCUCUAAUGGGGAAAUCCCUAUUUUACAAAUUGAUAAGAAUGACUGCAAAUCAAUAAAUUCUCUGAAAGGACAUUCUGGUGCUGUAAAUACCUUGUUCUGGGACAGUGCUGCACAAAUUCUGUAUUCUGGAAGUUCAGAUAAAUCUAUAAUCAUGUGGGAUAUAGGAAGCAAAAAAGGGACGGCUUUUGAACUCCAGGGUCAUGAGUCAAAGGUCAUGUCAAUUCAUUACUCUGCCAGUACACAACAGUUGGUUUCUAUGAGUUACGAUGGAUCUUUGGUUAUUUGGAACAUGGAUAUCAAACGACAAGAAACACCAGUAUGGGAAGAAAAAGAUCAAUGUCAAAAGUGCAAAACCCCCUUUUUCUGGAAUUUUCGUCAAAUGUGGAACGAAAAAACUGUUGGUCUGAGACAACAUCAUUGCAGAAAAUGUGGCACGGCAGUAUGUGCAAAAUGUAGCACAAAACGCACAACAAUUCCUUUUAUGGGCUUUGAAUUUGAAGUCAGAGUGUGUGAUGCAUGUUUCGACUCCAUUCCUGAAUCAGACAAGGCACCAACUGCAACUUUUCAUGAGCUGAAGCAUAAUGUGGUUGCAGCAACUCCGGACUGGAAGAAACUUUGUCUUGCAACAAGCGGUUCAGAUCGUGUUGUGAAAAUCUGGGACAUGAGUCAGGUUAUUCAUAAGUAAGAUUGAUUAACAGCAUCUCGGUUGAAGAAGUUAUUUGAAGAUGACUGAUUUAGCACUUGCCAUUUCUUUGAUUAUUUAAUAAUACUUCAGCGGAUGGAUCAAAUAUUAAUCAUGUUAUUUUGAGUUUGGCACCAAUGCCAUAUCGUCGACAUGCACUUUCAACGGUUGGAAUGUUUCAAUUCUGUUGGAUUCAGAUUGUAUCUUUAUCAUAAUCAACAUUAUUUUUCUCUUGGAGCAGCGUUUCUCAAACUGUAUGGCACAAAAAAUUUCUUUUUCUUAGUGCGCCGCGAGCAAAAAAAAAAUUGAGAACUGCCUUGGAGCAUUACUCUGUAUAUCAUACUUUAAAAGUGAGAAUCAAGUGAGUUUAUCAUCGAGCUAAUUGUCCAUUUGCAUCAAAUUGUUCAAAAUUAUGUGUUUUUCAUGUAUCUCUCACUAUAUUUAUAAUAGUUCUCAAUAUUUUGAAACAAAGCUGUAGACUUGACGCAGGAUGUAGUUGGGCAUUGUAUUCUUUUGUUGUUUGUUUGGCGCUUCAGAAGUGUUUGUACUAAUAUGGAUGUAACUAAUUUUGUUUGCCUACUUUACAUCAAGUUGGUUAUAAAGUCUGAAACAGUCCUCAACUCAUAAUAAAACUAAAAUAAGGAAAAUUGGAAUGAAAAUUAUCACCUAACCUAGUACACACACUACGGCAGUACCGUUUGCGGAAUAUAUCAGGAUACGUCACGAAAAAUUAUUGACAAAACUGAAUUAUGUGUUAUUAACAGUUUUUGAGCAAUUAGAUAAUCCUAAUUACUGUCAUCUUGUAGUGAAAUUUCCCAUCUUUGUUUUUGAGUCAUACUUGAUGCUGAAUAUGAGUAAAAUUUUGCAUAUAUUGUGGUCUUGCUGUGAUAUCAGAUUAGUGUGUUUAAAAUGAAUUUGCAUAUUGGAAUUCUACAAUGCAAAAAUAUUCUAAUAUGUAUAUUGGGCUAUCCCAAGUGACACUGCAAGACAAUUCCAGAAAUUUUGCAUGUUGUUAGAUGCAAUAUAUUUUUACAUUUUCAGCUACAUGUUUUGUUUCAUUGUCCAAUCAGUUGCUUUAUUGAAUAUGAAAAAAAUUGCACAAAAGUUACAUCCAAGACUUACUUAGUGGAUAUAAAAAAUAUAGUAAAAUAUAGCGUGACACUACAGGACGGCAAAUCCACCAUGCAUUAACAGUACAUUGUGUUGUGCUGUAAAUUUUUGUGAUGGUACAGCAGGAGCCCGUAAUAUUUUCUGGUUGAGUAGCUGAAUGACCCCUCUAUGUGCUCAAGUUACUUGAUGUAACACUGUAAAUCCAUGCCAAUAAUGUGCAUAUUGUAUGUGACACUACAGGACGUGACACUGCAUGACAUUUUUCCACUUCGGAACAGCGGCCUUAUCAUCUCUUAAAAUUCUGGUAAUAAAUCGUUAAACGGGUGAAGAAAUGUCCUACAGCACUGCAAACAUUCAAACUUUAUUAACUUAAAUUCAGUGCGUCUAUUUCAUAAGAAAUAACUGUAUCACACAAUCAAACACUUUGUGUCACGAAUCAUCAGAAAAUAUGUCAAUUAUACCGAAAUUUCUACAUUUUAGGCCAUUUUUUAUAUACCAUCAAAAACCUGGGUGAAAUUUUAUCUUUUUGGGUAAAAAGAAUGCAGUUUAAUAAAAUUCCAAUGCCUUUUAUAUAAAAAAUACAAAAAAUUACUUUCACUGCACAUUUAAAAAAAUUUAUGGAAUUCAACUUUUGCUUGGAAUGACCCUAUUACGAACACCAAUCAUUAAAGAUAUAUUUACUCAACAUCAUUGGUUUAAGAAUGGAAGCAAUUUAUAUACAUUAUAGAUAAAUAAGAGAGGGAUAUUUACACAUUUCUGUAUUUUUAUAAUGUAUUAUGGUUGUUAUAUCCAAGAAAUAUUAUUGUAUGUAUAUUUACAUUUAAAAUAUUUUUGUUAAUGAUAUUAUGAUAACAUAUUUGCAAGUAAUUUUUUAUGUGAAAGAGAGAAUUGUAUGUACAUUGACUAAUUGACAGUGAAUACUGAAUAUGUUAAAACAAAACCAUAAUAUGGUUUGGUCCACAAUUGUAGCAAGCUUAUUGUUUUUGAAACAGAUUUGGUUUCAAUGUAUCGCUGUGUUUUCCCUUUAUAAUUCUAAAAUUCAUAGUUGGAAAUAAGGAUGCCCAUAUCUUAGAAGUUAGAUUAGUUAAAGUUUAAAUUUUAAGCUAUUUUCCAAAUUGUCCUAUUUUUAAUCAGGCAAUGAGGAAAAUUGACAAUGUUUACUAUACCUAACGUAAUCUAUGAUUUUACUGUAAAGUUGGCACAUUUAACUUGAAUGUAAUUUCGGUUACCAAAAUAUAUUAAAUUCUUAUUCUAUUUAAGAAUAAUAUUUUUGAUAUCUCUAGAAAGUGACAGUGGUUCUCAAACUUUUUAAGCAGCGCCCCCCCCCCCCCCCCUUUAGAAUUUGUCAAAUCUCACGUACCACCUCGAAAAUGACCAGCUAACAAUAAGCCACGAAUAACAGAUAGUAAAUCGAAGGUCUGUUUGGUUCAAUAGACACGUUGAAAAUACUAGGGGGGAGCGUGAAUAUGUGAAUAUCCAAUAUAAAGAAAUGUGAUUAUCUAAAAUGAUUAAUCUUAACAAUUAUUUUUGAUUAGCUUCACCCCCAACCCCCCCCCCCCUUGUAGGGCGCAUCCCACCAUUUCAGAACCACUGGUAUGAGCUUUAUCUUCAACAUGAUUCACAUACGAGUAUAUUAUAAUGCAAUGAUCAAUUACCGUGAAAAUGUCUGUGUUGGAUGCGAAACAAAUUUCAGCAUUGUUAUGGUUUUGCUAUUAUUAUAUAAAAACCAUACAACGUUGAAUAGUUUUUUUGAAUGUCAUGGUUUGUUAGUAAUUUCAAAACCUUUAUCCAAUUUUCAUUGGCUAUAUGUGUACAUGCUUACACUAAUAUACACCGAUUAACUCUAGAAUUUUCCCGUUUCUGUUCGUUGCUUGGGAAUGAUUAGAUAAAAAAUAAUUUGUAGCAUUAUGCCAUAGUAUAGAACAGCUUCCUUAUCCAUGCUUUAUAUAUUUAUGCUUAAAUAUGAUAUGUAUAAAUUACCAUAAAUAUUUUCAACCAUCUGUGGUUAAAAAUGUACCUAAACAGAAUUGCUGGUCAAAUUUCUUAAUAGUACAUAUUUGUUUAACUAUAUAAUUAGCCCAAAAAGUGGAAAUGAGAAAGAUUGUACUUUGGAUACUAGAGAUGGAGAAUCAUACUCUCAACUUUGUUUCUUCCUAUUUAAUAUUUUCAUUACAUUACUAUUUUGCAUUUAUAGUUUGCCGAAAUUGUGCUCUCUAAUUGUGUUUGGUUCAGCUAUUCUUAUUUUUUAUCAACAGUUACAAAUUUUGUAUGUUCAAAAAUGGAAUUCAAUUUCUUAGUAUGUUUAAGUAUAUGCGAAAAUUCUAUUCAGUCAGAAUAAUUCUGUUGAAUAAAAAUGAGUUUAUUUUAUUUACUUCGUAAUUGAAAUAUCAGUUUUGAAAAUUGAGCAUCUUUGCACAUAAGUUAUAGACAGAAAUGCCAAGAAUUUAUCCUUUUAGAGUUGUGCAUCAUGAAUUUGAAUUUUGCUAAUUAGUGAAAAUGUCAAACAAUUUUUUCCAUCAUUGGAAUUCUUUAACCUAAUCUCUAUCAACAUAUAGCCUAUGUUUUUGCAGUGUUCCUCUGCUUUUCAUUUGAGAGGGGGGGGAGGAUAUUUUGAUAUUAGUGAUAUAACUAAUUGUAACCCAUAGGAAUUUGGUAUACAACUGACUGAUCAUCUUGCACUGACAUAUACUAUUCUAUAUGUCACUUUUGAGAAUAAAAGUAUAAUGUCACAUUUAGGAGAAGAGGUGUUUGAAAUUGUAGCACUGGUGUUCGCCCUCCUUGUAGGGAAAUAAAUAGCUUUAUGUAUGCUAAUUAAACAAUUAGGAAAAUGCUUGAUUCAUCCAGACAUGAAGUUCCGUAUUUACCAAAGGUAUAAAAUCUUCUCGCAAAGCAAUUUAAAUAUGCUUUUGGAAAAUGAAUGUGAUUUUUAAUUUUUUGAAAAUACGCAUGCUCGAACAACAGUUUUCUGAAUUUUGUCAGCUUGAAGGGAAUUUCCUAUCCAUUGAUAUUGUAAUUUUAUUAAUGAUGAAUUAUAUUUAUCCAUUAAUUGUCAUCCAGUCUACAUUUCUUAUUAGCUGUUGCUUUGUAUAUUAUUUGCUAAUUUAUCUUCCUACUGUAUGCAUGGUUGUAUUAUUGUAGUCUGUUCCAUCUUGCUUCACAACAAAUCUAUAUAGAAAGAAA